AUGAGCACAUUGUUCUCUGACGUGGGAAGAGCUGACCCUGCUUGCUGGAGCCAGCCUGGUGGGACAGUGGAUAACAGGACUUGGCAUCACAGGCUGCUGAGGCAUGAGGACGAUGACUACAACCAGACUGACUGUGAAGUUGAUCACUCAAGCAAAGUCCCUGUCACGCUGCUCAUCUGCCUCUGUGGGCUGGUGGGGAAUGGGGCUGUUCUCUGGCUCCUCGGCUCCCACAUCCGCAGGAACCCCGUCAUCACCUACGUCCUCAACCUGGCUGUCGCCAACUUCACCUUCCUUCUCUCCAUCACCAUUGCCCUUGGGAUACUUUACAGUCCAGAGAGCCUUUGUCACAGGCUGAGCUCAUGGGACAUGACAACUGUGUUGAACGUCACCAUCCUCUUCACUUUCACCGCCAGCAUCUUCCUCCUGACAGCCUUCAGUGUCGUGAUGACUCUGUCCAUCCUCCUCUCAGCCUGCUGCCCCUGCCACCACUCCUGGCACCUGCCAGUGCUCGUGUGUGCCCUGCUCUGGGUCCUCUCCUUCCUGCUCACCAUCACCCUCUACCUCUGCCCUGCGAUGCUCGUUGUCUUUGUCCUGAGCUACCUCCUAACCGUGCUUAUCCUGAUUUUUUCUGGUCUAACCCUGCUUUGCAAGGUCUUCUGCUGUUCAAGGCAAUGUCCCCCAAGGAAGCUCUGUGUUGUAAUCCUUCUAGCUGUCUUCUUCCCCUUCUUCACCGCUGAUUUUGGUUACUGGCUCUUGCUACGACUGUUUGACUUCUCGGUUUUUGUCUUUGAUGCCUCUCUCCUGCUCGCCUGUGUGAACAGCAGCAUCAGCCCCGUCAUUUACUUCUUGGCUGGGAGCUGUGCGAAGAAGUUCACACUUUCUCUUAGGGUUGCUUUCCAGAGGACUUUUGAAGAUGGAACAGAGCUCCAUAAUAGAGGCAAAACUCCCAGAGAAAACACAGUGGAAACAGCUGUUUAA